AUGUGUACCCUCUUAUCGAAAUCUUCACAAUCCGAAGAAUUUGGCUUCAACCUUCACGCAGAGAAAGGCCGUGGCCAUUUUAUUGGUACAGUUGACCAAGGUGGAAUUGGAGACCGAGCUGGUCUUCGUAUGGGCCAGCGUAUUGUUGGAGUGAACGGUGUUCUUGUGUACCCGAACACCCCUCAUAAGGUACUACUGGGAUAG